ACAGAGCGGCCUGAGAAACGGAGGAGCGAAGGCGUUUGUUUAAAACUGCGGGAAAACUGUAGAAAAAGUGUGGGUAUUGAACCCUCUCACCGGGAAAAGUGUGUGUGUUAAAACACCCACAUCCCCCACGGGUGCGACGCCCCUGUUCGCUCUCCAGUAGGGCGGUUAAUAUGCCACAGGAAGUACCGCUGUGAAUCAAAGAAUCAAAACGGAAAGCAUAUUAAGACAUGGCGGAGGCAAAUAUUUUCGUUGAUGAGGCACAGUUCUGCUGCUCGAUAUGCCUGGAUUUGCUUAAGGAUCCGGUUACCAUUCCGUGCGGACACAGCUACUGCAUGGACUGCAUUGGGCACUUCUGGGAUCAGGAGUUUCAGGUGAGAGCGUGUUGUUGUCCACAGUGCAGACACAGCUUUACAAUCAGGCCCGAGCUGAACCGUAACACUGUCCUUGCUGAGCUGGUUGAGAAACUUAGACAAACUGGAUCCUGUCGUUCUUGCCAACAAACUUCCACUUCACACGAAGGUGUCGUGUGCGACGUGUGCAGCGGAGAAAAACUUCCAGCUGUCAAGUCUUGUCUGGUGUGUUUGGCUUCAUACUGUGACGUUCAUGUAAAACCCCACUACGAGGCUUUUGCUUUUAAGAAGCACAAACUGAUUCCGGCCUGCAACUGGCUUCAGAAAAAGAUCUGCUCUGUGCACGACCGCCUUUAUGAGUUUUACUGCCGCAAGGACCAGAAGUGUGUGUGUUACCUGUGCACGGUGGGGGAGCAUCAAAACCACGACACGGUGACAGUAGAGACGGCGCGAGCGGAAAAAGCGGUUGAGCUUAGUAGGCUAAACAAGACAAUAAAUCAAAGGAUACAACAGGAGGAGAAAGUGUCUGAGGAUCUGAGAAAAACAAUUACCAAUACCAAGCGUUUGGCAAAGACAGCUUGUAAUAAACUGGAGCAGAUUUUUGCUGACCUGUUAGCCUCCAUAGAGAGGAGACACUUGGAGGUGAUGGAGCAGCUUAGGGCACAGGAGGAGAUUGAGUCAAGAGAAGCUAAGCAACUGUUGGAAAGGACUGAGCUGGAGAUCACAGAUCUCAAAAAGAUAAGCACUGAGCUGCAGAAGACAUUACAGACUGAUGAUCACAUUGAUUUCCUUCAGAGCUUCCUGUCCUUGAAGUAUCCAUUGGAGUCUCACAUCACUGUCAGGGCUACCCAGAAAAUCACAUUUAAGCAUGUUGUUCAGGCAGUCUCAAAGCUGCAGCAGAGCAUGGAGGAAAUCUGCAAUACAGAAAUGAGGAAUAUUUCUGACACAAUUAAGGAUGUACAUAUCUUUCAUGGAUGUAAGGCAAAGAGAACCAGAACACCAAAACCAGAAAAACCAAUUUCUAGCUCAGAACCAAAGACAAGAGAAGACCUUUUACACUAUGCCUGUUACCUUACUUUGGAUUCUACAACUGAUAAUCCAAAUCUGCAUGUGUACGACAGGGCAGUUGAGUGGAUUAUGCCUGUUGAUCAGGCUCCAUCAGAAAGCAGGUGGCCUUAUGUGCUGUGCAGAGAACGGCUGACAGGACGCUGUUACUGGGAGGUGGAGUGUAAUGGCCUUGGCAUUUGUUCAAUUGGUCUUUGUCAGGCAAACGAAAGUGCAACACCAAGUCUAAAGAUUGGCUUUGGCAGAGACGAUCUGUCCUGGGGCCUGGACUGCUUUCAGCUCACGUACAUGUACCGUCAUGCAGAUGAAAACAUUCUGAUCAUGGUCCCCAAGUCAACCAACAAAGUGGGAGUUUUUUUAGAUCAUAGGGCGGGAAUUCUAUCCUUUUAUAGUAUUACUGACACAUUGAAUCUUCUUCACCGAGUUCAUACACACUUCACUCAGCCACUCCACGCUGGCUUUGCACUCUGGGGCAAUGGCUGGCUGAGCAGCGCACGUUCAAAUUUCUGGACAGGGUGUAUGUCUGUUAAACUACUAAACCUAUGAUUGCUUUUUACCCCGAAAUGUUUAGUCAGUAUUUACUUAGUGCUCAGAAAUGUCCAAUGUAAGGACAGAGCGAGCCCGGUGCAGCUCAGCUUAACCUAACUUUACAUUUAUAUAAACAAUUUAAAUAUUAUACACGUUUUACUAAUAUUUAGAAGCACAUCUAGGUAAACAAUAUCUUCCAAUCGGUGGUCCUGGAAUACCCCUUGCCCUGUUAGGGUUUUCAUUUUCCUAAAUGCAUCUGAUUGAAAUAAUCAGUUAUGAAUUACAUGAUGUACAUGUGUUAGAGCAGGGAACACACUAAAAUGUGCAGGGAUGGGCGUUCUCCAGUACCACUAUUGUGAAUCAGUUAGUUAAUUCUGUAGUUUUUUAUUCUGUAAAACUGCUUUGCAACAGUGAUCAUUGUUAAAAGCUCUAUACAAAUAGAAUAGAAUUGAAUUAAGUAAUUAUCACUUAUCACACUUUUUCUUUUGCCAUUUUGCGUUUUUCAUCACAGCUUUUUAGAUAUUUGCUGACACAGUCGUUCACGCUAAAGCAAGAUAUAGAUGUUUUUGUACAUCACCCUUCACAUGGUUAAUGUUGAUAAUGCUAAGUACUUUGAUUAUUUGAAAAUGGCAAUGCAGUUUUGAUAUGCGAGAGCCUGUAAUGUCUAUGCAAUUGGCCCCCUGGAAUAAAACAAAAAAAAAUCAAGUUUAGAACUUUUAAAACAUCAUGGCAAAACCAAUUGGUCGGAAAAUGAUUAACAAGCUACAUAAAUUUGUUUGUUAUAAUGCAGUUUUUUUUUUUUUUUUUUUUUUAAAGGGUGUAAAAAUGUGGAUGAAUGAUAGAGGUUAAUUUCAUGCAGACAUUUUAAAUAAAUGCUGAAAAGAUGGAAUUUUACAAGUACAUUCGAAAUCACUUCAUUCAUAUUUUAAUUCAUGUUAAUUUAAUUCAUGUUAAUUUUAUUGAGAUUUCUUAUUCUUCAAGGUUUCUUCCAAUUGCUAUCUUGAAGAGUUUUUUUUCUUGCCACUGUCACCCUCAGCUUGCUCAUCAGUUACAGUCUGAUAAUUUCUUGCCUUCAUACUGUGCUUUAGACUAUCAGUUGACUUGUGCAGAGAAAGGGUGGGUACAAAGUCAAUAGCCCUAUUAGUGCUAAUGGGUCAUUGACGGACAAGACUUUUUAAUAGGCCAAUUUUAAAAUACCAAAAAUAUGGAUAUGUUUGCCAAUUUUCUAAACAUUUGGAAUGUAGUGUACACAUGCCUUUAUAAAGAAAAGUAAAAAAAUUGACAUUUUAGUGUUUUUUACACUUAAGUUAAUAAUACAUAGCCUUAAAAUGUCAUCUGGGGAGACCGUAAUAUAUCGCAAAAUUCACAUUUUUAUGUAUCAUUAAGACUAGUUGAACUCAUAUCAGUAAGUAGAUAAACUGAUGAAGAAAGAUAAACUUUAGUGCCCUUUCAUUUUAUGAAAACCAUUAUUUCACAAGUUUAUUCUAUAAUAUCAGAGUCUCCCUCAUUAUCCAGUUACAAUACUGAUUUUUACUUCAAAAGCAAAAAAACUGAUUUAGCAUUUAUACAGAUAUUACACAUUCAACAAUAGCAUACCACUGAUUAAUAUUUGAGGCUAAACUGAUAGAUAUUUGGUUAUGAAUUUAGUGUAAUUAUUGCCAUUUUUUGGUUACCCCACAUGACAUAUGGUCGCCCCAAAUGAUAAGGAAACCACAGGUAUAAAAAUUUCAGUUAAAAUGUACACAAAAGAGUUCAAGACGAAAGAAAAUUUAACUCUUUUUAUUCGAAUAACAUUUCAAAAUUUAAAUAUAACAAAUCAGAAGGACAUUAACAUUUAAAAUUAUAUAAUUAUUUUUUGCAACACACAUUAAAUGCUUAAGAACUUAAGAAGCUAAGUAAAAAUCUCUUUUUUGGAACCUUUUUAAAUUUAUUGGAAAGGGGUGAACACUACUUGCAUCUCAAUUAACCUUUCAACAUUCAAAUAUCACAAAUAAUAAGUUUAUUUUUCUGGCCCUUUCCUUUUCUUUUCUCAUUGAAAGGGCCAUAUUUCAUUCUUGUAAUUUGUUGUUGUGUUUAUUUCAUUUCAAUUUGUUAGUUAAGCAUUAUACAUUUAGUCCAUUGAGUUUAUUAGUUUAAGCACUCAGUAUUAUACUCGUAAGUUGUAUUGUGACAUCAUUUCAUAAGUUCUGUGACAUCAUCCUACAGUUGUGUAGCUGCAUGUCUAUCAUGCACGUUAGUUGUAAGUUGUUGUUAAGACAUGGAAGGAUACAGAAAGGUGUGGAGAACACAAGCUUUUGACCGUGAUACUGUAAGCUAAAGGAUACAGUAAAAUAAGUUGUUGUAACUGUAAUCUACCGAAGCUACAGAACACAGCAAACGACUUGUCGUGACUACAGUGGAUUUAUGCAAGAAACUGUAACAACCGUUGUACUUUGAUGUUGAAAAUAAAACAAGAGACAAAGAAAUCAACGGACGUCUGGA